AUGCCGCCGAAACGCUCUGGCGCGCCACUUCAAGUGGCUGCCAGCAGCUCCCGGGCGCGAAAACGCGCCAAUGAAGACCCUCCUGAAGGAGUAAGUCCUAGCCAGGACCAAGAUGGUGGCCGAGGGAAGCGGCAGAAAGUUGCAAAAAAGCUCUAUGUUCCCGAGGUUCCUGACGAUUUUGAGGAUUCUGAAAAUGAAGAAUAUUAUGAAGACGAGGAUACUUGUUCCGAUCCCAGUAAUGGGUUGGAUCAAAGCUUACCUCCAGUUUCGAAUGUCUAUGUUGCUUUUCAAGACAUUGCACGCCGAUCGCAUGAGUUGCUCAAUGGUAAUAGCCAAAUUCAUCUUCGGGUCGCAACCAUGUGUUCUGGCACGGAAGCUCCGAUAUUUGCGUUAAAGAUGCUUGAAGAAUCAUUUGAUCGAAUGCAACUCGGAAGACAGUUCUUGAAGUUUUCUCAUAUCUUCAGCGCUGAAAUCGAACCGGUCAAACAGGCAUAUAUCGCGCGAAACACCGAAGGGGCUAUCAUAUUCAAAGAUGUUCGAGAUUUCAUCGAACCUAAAGACCUCAAAGCGCCUACUGCAAUGGGUGCAAUGGAAAAGAUCCCCGGGGACAUCGAUCUUCUUAUUGCAGGUUGUUCUUGUCUGGACUUUUCCACGCUCAACUCGCAGAAACAUAAGGACUACACCCAGUAUGUCAUUACGACUGGGAAGAAUCUAAUGGAGUACGUGGAGAAAAAUGGUGGAGGAAAUGGUUACAGAAAAUCGCAUUUUGAAGUGAUGAAUGACGGAUUCAACCGCCUUCUCGUGAACAUAAACGACAUGGGUACUUCGGGUCAGACAUUCUUUUCGAUGCUCAAGUAUGUAAAGGAUCGACGACCUAAGGUUGUUAUCCUAGAGAAUGUCAUGGGAGCUCCCUGGAAGAACACCGCAGACAUAUGGUUCCCUUUUGUCGGAUACAAAGCUGCCUUCGUUAAGGCAGACACGAAGAACUAUUACAUCCCUCAAACUCGUACCCGCGGUUAUCUUGUUGCAGUUGAUAGGGACGUUUUUAAGGGCAAGAUCGCAGACGUCAUUAUCGAACGAUGGUCUCGUUUGAUGACUACGGAUCUUGUGAGACGCGCAUCUACCCCUAUAAAUUCGUGGUUACUUCCUUCGGCUCACCCGAUGACCGAGCGAGCCCGCCAAGACGACUCGGAGAAGGCAUUAGCUCCACCCUCGAAGACCGCCGACUGGGAACGCAGCAAGGCUCGUCAUCUACUGGUCCGCGAAAAAGAAGGGCUUGGCGAAUCUCAUCCGCUCACAAAUUGGAGUUUGACCCAACCAGGGCAGCUUUAUGAUCGUAUGGAUCGACUUGUGACUCUCACACAACCGAAACGAGUUCUAGAUUGCAUCGACAUCAAUCACUUGCGAGCGUUGAAAAAAGGGUAUGACUCGAGGUUCAAGAACCGUAUCCAUGAUCUCAGCCAGAAUGUAGACCGAACCCAUAUCAACACUCCGUUUGGAAUAACUGGGUGUAUCACUCCUAAUGGUAUACAUUGGGUAACAGACCAGUGCAGAAUUCUCUCUGGUUUUGAGAUGCUAGGCUUACAAGGACUACCACUCAAUCGGCUCGAAUUCGCAGCUGAGACCCAGGAAGAUCUUCGGGGUCUCGCUGGCAAUGCGAUGAGCACGACAGUGGUUGGUACCGCUAUGCUGGCCGUCUUGAGAGCGAUCCAAGAAAGUUGCGGUCUGAAUAGCAUAUUUCCUCUGCCUCUGAAGAAGACCCGGGCGAAGGCGAAAAUCGAUCGACAGGUCAUAGAUUCUAAAUUGGAAGAAUUUCCAAGCUUCAGCACAACGACUGUUCGAUCUUUUCAGAUGUCAUCCUUAACAGAACUCUUGGAAAGAUGCCGAAGAUAUUGCUUUUGUAAUGGAUCGGCGAAGUAUAGCACUGAUGAUUUCCUGGAAUGUACAAUAUGUUCCACCAUUCGCUGCAAAUGGUGCGCUGGAAAUCCGCCACAUCGUUUCGCCCCCACAAAGCGGCCCUCAAACUUCUUACUCCUAGGAGAAGUAGAGCAAGAAGUCAUGCAAUUCUUACCGAGCGUAAUUACGGAUCUAGUCACCGUAGAGUACCAGGUACCGACUAAAUAUGCUCCAAGGACAUCCAUCACAGCAUAUUCUUCCAUUAUGAAACAUCUCUCACGUACAACACUCUACUACCAGAGUACCCAUGUCACAGAGGUAGUGACCGUCUGUUACGUCGACAAAAAGGGAUUCGAACUUCGAGCAAGUGCAUAUGGGGAAGAGUUUCGAGAGAAGUUGGGUUUGGACCAUAUUCGGCUAGGCCAACCCGUCGCAAAGGCCACGAUCCAUAAAGGCGCCCAUAGUAUCCUUCCCACGCCUGAUUCUUGGAAAUUUUGGCGUUUCAAAUCAGAACGGCUCGAAGUGGAAAUCAUGAAGACUGGUGGUACUCUACAGAUCAUGGGGAUGAAUGUAGAAAACGCUUUUACACUUCCGCUGGAGCUGCAGAAAGAGUUAUAUGCAGCUUAUGGGAAUCUCCAUGUUCAUGAUGGGAGGAAGUUAUUUCUCUUCAAGGAAUCUCCCAGAACUGGAACACCUGAUCGAGAUGGUUAUAUCAUCUCAGAAGAGUGUCGUCUAUUGGAAUCUCAUGAAUACCAGGAGGUCCUACUUAAGUUCAAGGCCUGUGUGGACCUCCAGAAGCUGGACCCAGGUAUAAGAACCCUCGAUGCCCGAGUGGAUGGAUUUUGGGUGAGCUCACAGGCCAUAAACCACGGGAUCUCCUCCACUAUUGCAGGCCACAAACGCCUAGAGUGUUUCAAGGUUCCUAAUUCAAAGCGCUUCAUCAUUCGCGAAGAAGACCCGGAACAGCAGGCUAUAGCCGAAGCACUGUUCACGAAAGAUAAACAUUGCGAUCAAUAUGGGAUCAUCGGUAAAUAUGAGUCUCUUAGCGGAACUACAGGAAAUUGGGUCACGGUUGAAAAACUUGAGCUUCCUCAAUUUCAUGAUUUUGUUUCCCAUAUUAACGUCAAGCUUGCAAGCCUUGGAUGUCUCGAGGUCAACUUUGAGAUGGUAGACAUCGACUCCUGGAUUAAGGAACUUCACGAUUGGAGGACUAGAGUUGAUGUCCGGGACUCCCCCUUUGGACAGCUACCGCGAGCCCAAUGGCUCAAAGUCUGGUUUAAAGCUGGUGCCAAACGCAAAGUCGGUACUAGAUGGAUCCAACACCACCAUUCUGAUGCGAUGGCAGCAUUCGAAAGCCACGCGAAGAAACAGAUCCCCCUCUUCGAAGCAAGGGUAAAGGUUCACCCAACCUUGUUGCAAGACGUACAAUUGGGGUAUCAAGACAAGUUGGUAUACAAAGACAAGUUGGUAUACAAAGACCAGUUCGUCACCGUGGUACAAUACUUAAUCAAUCAUAAGACUCUUGGGCGUAUAGCAGCGGCAUAUCUGCCAUCGACUAGAAACGAUAGCGCCAGAGUAACUGCAUAUACCCGGAUCGAGCGCAAUGCUAUCCUGUCUGAGAAUAUGCAAGUGAAUUCUGGAUCUGGGAAGCACAGCUUCGUGCCAUUCCGGGAGUCGUUAAAAAGCUUAGCAGGGUUUCCGCCUCCUUUUUUCGUUAAUAUUAAAAUGCAAUCGUUCCGAACGAAGCUGAGCGAGUCCCAGUCGCGAUCUCUCUGUUGGACACUUUGGCGUGAGUCAGGUGAGCCAGAAUUCACAGAACGAGAGAUCGAAGAGGAAAUUGUGCCUGAUCUUAAGCUCCGGCUUAUUGGUUGUGCUGAACGCAAAGCUUGUCAUAGCGGCGGCAUACUUGCGGACGACGUCGGCUACGGCAAGACUAUCAUUAUGUUGGCACUCAUGCAUUGCCAAGAGGAGUUUGACAGAACAAUGUCUUUAAGUCUACGUACUGCCGUGAAUCCGUGCCGUAUACAUCUAAAUGCCAGUCUUGUGUUGGUACCUUCACAUCUAGUCGACCAGUGGGCUGAUGAAGCGUGGAAAUUUCUCCCUAUCGAGUCUACGGAAGUAGUCAAAAUUAAGGUACCCGGCGAUCUGAAGGACGACGCAUCUUGGAGUGUCCUUAAGCAGCUUCAAAAUGCGAGGCUUAUUAUUGUGAAUGUUGAAUGCAUUGCAAGAAUUGAAUAUUACCAAAACCUUGCUAAGUUGGCAGGAUCUCUUGAUCCACCCUGCGUUAAGGAGAAUUUCAGAAAGGGUUCCAGCGCUGUUCCCCUGCAGUCUCGCACCUUUGAAGAUUGGUAUGAGGACGCUGCGUCUGCAGCUGGGGACUAUGCCGGAAAGCUGUUGAGAUUGGGCACAUCAAACUACUUUGAUGCUGGAAAGCUCAUGGCCCUGUAUCAUGAAAUUGAGGGCCGCCGAAAUGCGCAUAGAAAGGUAUAUCAGGACUUCUCAAAGGACUAUGAAAGUUCGGUUAUAAACUCGGCUGUUCCAUUGCAGCCAGAGGCUUCUCAAAGGUUUGACUCGCCUUGGCAGAUGAUCCCGCAACCAUACUCCAAGCAAGGAGGUGAAAAGUUCUCGUCCAUGCCAGCAAAUUUCACUCACGUAUUAGAAGCUUUUACCUUCGCUCGAGUAGUGUACGACGAAUUCUCGUACGAAGGAUUUGCAUCAACCCUUUUCGUCGCCAACUCGCGAGCCAAUUCGAAAGACUUAGCAGCUGUAUGCUAUACCGCGAAGCACUUUAACGGGAUGCCUCGGAUCACGUAUGGCCCGGAGUUGGAGGAUAGAAGUAACGCGGAAGAUCUACAGAUUCUCAAGUUCUCAUCGGAUCAGACCAUCCGUGAGAGACACCAACAGGGAAUGAAGUUCCUGCAGCAUUUCGCAACUUCUAAUCCCCUCGACCAAGAUCUUUCUGGUGGAAUUGAGGUCGAAGAAAAAGUUGUGGUAUGCGAGAUGAAGCAAGAUCUGCGGGCUCAUAACUUUGACGCGAAUAUACUGCCAAGGGAAUCGCGUGUCUUCUUACAACCUCUCGUCGGUGACGAAUGGGGUGCGGAGGGGAAGCAAGGUAACUGGCACAGGGAAGAAGCUUCCACGUCAUCUCUUAUAGAACAGCGACGUUCUAAAGCUAUCUGGCUCUCCAAGCGUGUCUGGGAUAAUGAAAAGGAAAGGAGUUUCGUCAACGGUAGAAAUGCCACAAUCGAUAUCUAUAUGCUUCUUAGGGAUAUCUGGAGGAAAGAUCUUGCCAACUGUGGUGGACUUGAUGCCUGGCGUGAGCUAUCACGCGAAAUCGUCACCAAGGAGGGAAUGCAAUAUGAAGAAAUGGUGAAGUUUGCAUUUUUUAAUGCUCUCAAUACAUUGACGUCAAACACCUGGAUUGACUAUUACCACUUGGAUCCCGGUGAUCUCAAAGACAUAGACGAACAAGAAGCUACUGCUCUGCUACAGGACCUGAGUCGCGUCAACAAUGGCGAAGGUAUGGAUCUGAUGGGGGGUAAUGUGAAAGCCGCUCUAAGAGAACUUAUCGAAGACGGCCAAGAUCAAUAUAUGAGACCAAAGGAGACUAUGAAAUCGCUAAAGACGAAGAUGACACACGAACAAGUAGAUCAAGCCAAAACCAAGGCACUCCUUGAAAGCCUAUGCCGUGCCGCAGGUAUCUCUUUCAAUACCAGUGUUACGAAGCCCCUCGAAGAAUCCAGUUAUGUUGGAUACCUCAAAUGCGGGGCGAUGAUUGUUUAUAGGUAUCCCAAAUUCAGUGGAUCGGUCACGAUUCGAGGUGGGAAGUAUACGUUCACUGGAAAUGAUGUGAGCAACACGUCGGUUGAGUUGCGCAAGACUUUUGAGAAAGUCAUUUAUGCCAUCAAACAAGAGCGACUUACCAAGAAUCUCACGUCGGAUGAGAAGGAAAUGAACUGCGAUCUUUGCGGACAAAUGGUGCCCAGAAAAGACCUACACAUCCAUCUCAACUCAGUUCAUUGUGGCGGAGAUGACGGUGAGCGCUGCUUAUCUUUGCUGAAAGACGCAACUAUGUCAUUGAAGAGGGUCAACAACUCUCAGCGGAGUCUCGACCUCGGUGUUGGCACGCAGAAGGAUGCCCCAUGCCCUAAAAUCAGCUCCAAGUUCCAGAUGUUGGCCAACACAGCCAAAGCAAUUCCUGCUGAUGACCAGCUCGAAGAACUCAAGCAUACCCUGAGAAAAAAUGGAAUUGGAUUUUUUCACAUCACUCCUGCCGAACUGAAGACUCAUGGCAAAAUGAACGAUGAAAUGAGGCCUAUUGACAAAUUGGAUAAAUUGAAAGAAGAGGCCCUUCGAAAUCGAUGCGACGAGCGUGGCCUUCAAUGGUCGAACGAAGAGAGUGAUGAAAAAUUAAGAGCAAAGAUCGAGGGCUGGAAGAAGCGGUUUGGAGACAGUAUAAAGCAUCCUAAGAUUCGAAUCUUGCAGAUCAACGAUGUUACGUCCGCAGGCUCCAACUUUCAAUAUGCCAAUCAUGUCAUGUUCAUAAGCCCCUUUGUGACAGAUCUACAGGAGAGCUACGAUUCCUGUAUGAAGCAAGCGGUAGGCAGAUGCGUUCGUUAUGGACAGAAGAAGACGGUGCAGGUUUACCACUUCGUCACCGCCAAUACCAUAGAGGUCGACAUCUUGGAGUUACGAACACAGAGUCACGUCCUUGUUCGCCCCGGAAAAGCCAUUGGCAGAUUGCGACCCGCCCCGCCGGUGGGCAAUGGGAUGAAGGAUCGUAGUCUUGCUCGUACUGACGAGGAUAUCUCCAUGACCGAUGCGUCCGACAUUUCUCAGUCUGACAAUGACGAUCCCGACAUUUAUCAGUCUGAUAAUGAUGAUCCCGACAUCACCAUGUCCGACUUGGACAACUUGGGUGGAGAAGAGAGGAUUAGAUCCAACCUGACCACCCAGGAUAUCUGGAAAGCCAUGAAUGAGCAGAAUUGGCUGACCACAGUAGGGAUCGAGUACUAG